AUGCGAGCUGACUGUGAGUGUUCACCGGCUGAAAACCAAGUGGUAUGUAGAUGCGAAGAAGACGACGUCAGAAAAGCAUUUUCGAACAUAGAACAAGUAUUACCGCUUAUUCAUCAACAAAAGCAUUUCUCACAGCAUCCCCACCACGCCGUCAUAGCGAAGGUGGAGCAGGACGUAACACCGGAGACUACACUUAAUUUGAAAGAAGCAGUUACUGACGUGAGAACGGAAAAUGAGGACGACAUCUGUUUCAUUGAAAAUACUGAUCUCACUGGAUGCUACCAAUGCAACAAAGGAGCUAGAGCAUUAGUGAUAUGUAAAUCAACUUACAACAAUGUGUCUGCUGAAGUCGAAUGUCGCAAGGGCAGUUUUACAAUUCCUUCUGGACAAAAAUCUCAACUCAACUUCCUUUUCGACUCAGUCUAUAUCCUAUAUUCUGUGAGAUGUGGAUUGACUCCAAAACAGUUUGAAGUCAAGGAAAUACUCACCAGUAUACAGAAAGAUAUAGGAGAGCUGACACAAAAGACCAUCAGUCAAGACGAAGCAAUUAAGAGCAUCUUAGAGCGGAUUGAUUCCCUCUGUAUUGCCAAGGCAAAUCGUGAGCAGGAACCUGACUUGGACCCUAGGGAGCACGAAAAUGAGUCUCUCCAAGACAACGAAGCAUCCGAAACCCAAGGAAAGGAGGUAGAACCAAAAGAAGAUCUAGAGCUCUUGGACGACGACGAUCUCGAACUCGAUAACGAACCCGAGGACCUGGAGCUGAGAAGACCCACAGAUUACCCCGGCCACUUCCAAAGGCUUGAUCUCGAAGAACGCAUGACAGAACUGUGGGCAUUCCUGAGGAGCCAUCGUGAAGUCCCUGAGCGGAAGUUCCGUGAAGUCGAAUUAAUGAGGGAGCAGGACUGCUAUCUCAUCUGCUCAUUCUGUUUGGCAAAAGGACAGCACUACUCAAAUAGC